AUGGCUGAAAUGCAGGAAAUGAUAGAUAGGUUAGUACUGGAGGGGAGAAAGGUUGGAUUGGUGAUCAACCAGAGAAAGACUGAGGUCAUGCAGGUUCAGAGUGGUGAUCAGACGAACUGCUUUAUCGGGGGAGUAAUAUUACCCAACUCAGACUCUUUAAAAUAUUUGGGAACCAUUAUUACCAGCAAUGGAUCACUAGGUACGGAAUUCAAGGAGAGAAUAGGGAGGGCAGAACAAGCAAUGGGCAUGCUAAAAACAGUUUGGAGGUCAAAUCAAAUAUCAGUUCACAGCAAAAUCAAAAUUUCACUUGUAAGAUCAAUAUUAACUUAUGGGCACCAGUCGUGGUACAGCACUGUGACAACUGAUGCAAAAUUUCUUCCCUUUGAGAAUAAAGCACUGAGAACGAUUUUGGGAAUCAAAUGGCAGCGGCAUAUAACAAAUGCGGCAAUUCGCGAGGUGGCAGGGGUGCCCUAUGUGAACAAUAUAGUUAGAUUAUCAAGAUGGAGAUGGAUGGGGCAUAUUUUAAGAAGAGAAGAUGCGUUAGUCCAGGAUGUACCUGAAUGGAAGCCGCUGGGCAGGAGAGGACGUGGUAGACCAAGAGAAACGUGGCUGAUGACAAUGCGGAUGGAGGUUGGAUCUCAGAAUUGGGUUGAGAUAAGGGAGAUGGCACAGGACCUUACCUUACAGACCUUACUUCUUGUUCGGGUUGCCCCAGGUCCCUCAGUGUGA